AUCUUUGAAACCGCGGAGAGCGAGCCUGUGAACGUCGAAGAAUUAGCGUUCAAGUUCGCCGUCACCAGCAUCAACCGCAAUCGAACCCUGAUGCCCAACACCACACUGACCUACGACGUCCAGAGGAUUAACCUUUUCGACAGCUUCGAAGCCUCGCGGAGAGCCUGCGACCAGCUGGCCCUGGGUGUGGCUGCGCUCUUCGGCCCCGCCCACAGCUCCUCGGUGAGCGCCGUGCAGUCCAUCUGCAACGCCCUCCAGGUCCCGCACAUACAGACGCGCUGGAAACACCCCUCGGUGGACACCAGGGACUCCUUCUACAUCAACCUGUACCCGGACCACACGGCCAUCAGCAGGGCGGUGCUGGACCUGGUCCUGUACUACAACUGGAGAGCCGUGACCGUGGUGUACGAGGAGAGCACAGGUCUGAUUCGCCUGCAAGAGCUCAUCAAAGCUCCCUCCCGGUACGACAUCAAGAUCAAAAUCCGGCAGCUGCCCUCGGGCAGCAAGGACGCAAAGCCCCUGCUCAAGGAGAUGAAGGAGGGCGGGGAGUUCUACGUGAUCUUCGACUGCUCGCACCGGGCGGCCGCCGGGAUCCUGAAGCAGAUCCUGUUCAUGGGCAUGAUGACCGAGUACUAUCACUACUUCUUCACGACCCUGGACUUAUUUGCUCUGGACCUGGAGCUCUACCGGUACAGCGGCGUGAACGUGACCGGGUUCCGGCUGCUCCACGUGGACAGCCCUCAGGUGUCGUCCGUGGUGGAGAGGUGGUCCAUGGAGAGGCUGCAGGCCCCGCCGCGGCCCGAGACCGGGCUCCUGGACGGCGUGAUGACGACGGAAGCGGCCCUGAUGUACGACGCCGUGUACCUGGUGGCCAUCGCCUCCCAUCGGGCGGCCCAGCUGGCUGUCAGCUCCCUGCAAUGCCACCGACACAAGCCCUGGCGCCUGGGACCCAGAUUCAUGAACCUGAUCAGAGAGGCUCGGUGGGACGGCCUGACUGGGCGGAUCGCCUUCAAUAAGACUGACGGCUUACGGAAGGAUUUUGACCUGGACAUUAUUAGUCUCAAAGAGGAAGGAACGGAGAAGGUCGGCGUCUGGAACUCCAACCGUGGGCUCAGCAUGAUGGGCGGUCACAGAGGCGGGGCCCACGACGUCCCGGACGCGCUGGCCAACCGCACUCUCAUCGUCACCACCAUCCUCGAGGAACCCUACGUGAUGUACAGGAAGUCGGACAAGCCGCUCUACGGGAACGACAGAUUUGAAGGGUAUUGCCUCGAUCUCCUGAAGGAGUUGUCAAACAUUUUGGGAUUCAUUUAUGAUGUGACACUCGUCCCCGACGGCAAAUAUGGAGCCCAGGACGACAGAGGAGAGUGGAACGGAAUGGUCAAGGAACUGAUAGACCACAGGGCUGACCUGGCCGUGGCCCCUCUCACCAUCACCUACGUGCGGGAGACGGUCAUCGACUUCUCCAAGCCCUUCAUGACCCUGGGCAUCAGCAUUCUCUACCGAAAGCCCAACGGCACCAACCCUGGGGUCUUCUCCUUCCUCAACCCCCUGUCCCCCGACAUCUGGAUGUACGUGCUCCUCGCCUGCUUGGGGGUCAGCUGUGUGCUCUUCGUGAUUGCGAGGUUCACGCCCUACGAGUGGUAUAACCCCCACCCCUGCAACCCCGACUCGGACGUGGUGGAGAACAAUUUUACUUUGCUGAACAGUUUCUGGUUCGGAGUUGGAGCCCUCAUGCAACAAGGCUCGGAGCUGAUGCCCAGAGCCCUCUCCACCAGGAUAGUCGGAGGGAUAUGGUGGUUUUUCACCCUCAUCAUCAUUUCGUCCUACACGGCCAACCUGGCCGCCUUCCUGACCGUGGAGAGGAUGGAGUCCCCCAUAGACUCAGCGGACGACCUGGCCAAGCAAACCAAGAUCGAGUACGGGGCGGUCAGGGACGGCUCGACCAUGAGCUUCUUCAAGAAGUCCAAGAUCUCCACCUAUGAGAAGAUGUGGGCCUUCAUGAGCAGCAGGCAGCAGGCCCUGGUGAGGAACAGCGACGAAGGCAUCCAGCGUGUGCUCACCACGGACUACGCCCUGCUCAUGGAGUCCACCAGCAUCGAGUACGUGAUGCAGAGGAACUGCAACCUCACUCAGAUCGGGGGCCUCAUUGACUCCAAAGGCUACGGCGUGGGGACACCGAUAGGCUCCCCCUAUCGCGACAAGAUCACCAUCGCCAUCCUCCAGCUGCAGGAGGCGGGGACGCUGCACAUGAUGAAGGAGAAGUGGUGGGGGGGGGCCGGCUGCCCCCAGGAGGACGGCAGGGAGGCCAGCGCCCUGGGCGUGGAGAGCAUCGGCGGCGUCUUCAUCGUCCUGGCCGCCGGCCUGGUGCUCUCGGUGUUCGUGGCCGUCGGCGAAUUCCUGUACACGUCGCGGAGGGGCAGCGACGUCGAGCAGAAAGGCAAGUCCUCAAGAAUUAGAUUUUAUUUUAGGAACAAAGUAAGGUUUCAUGGGAGAAAAAAGCAAAGCCUUGGUGUAGAGAAGUGUCUCUCCUUCAACGCCAUCAUGGAAGAGCUGGGCAUCUCCCUCAGAAACCAGAAAAAGUUAAAGAAAAAGCCAAGAACUAAGGGGAACUCGCCCUUCACCGGUAUCCUCACUUGUCACCAGAGGCGAACUCAGAGAAAGGAGAUGGUGGCGUGAGCCUCGGGACGC